UGGAAGCUUCCGGUCGGCGUUAUGUAGAAGGGCGCGGGUGGAGCGGCUGCUGGUGUGUGAGAAAUGGAGUUCAGAGGAAUGCUUUGCUCGAAGCGGCAUUUAAUCAAACACCAUGUAGACACGAAAAUAACUGAGGGGACCGUGAUUUCCCAUACAAUUUUAUAGUUUUCAAUCUGAAUGCGUUUGGUUACUUUGCUGCUCGUAUGACAUCUCCUCUGUCUCUCUUUCUCUCCCCACUCUGCCCACCUCGAACCCUCGGGGCCUUAUGAUGAUGUCUGAAGGCUCCACUUCGCUUUGAAUAGUUUUUUUCCUUAGGUUUGAUUAAUUUAUUUUCGUAUUUUUUGUUCCAUGAUUUAUGUUCUUGUUGGUUUUUAUUUUCUUCAAUAACCAUGAAAUAUUUACAAUUUAUUUUGAAUUUUCAUACAAGACAGUGCCUGUGAUGUAAGGGUUGGUUUUCUAUGCAAGCUGGGUUUAGAAUGGCUUUAAAUUUCAAAGACCAAUUUUGUGUCUGGCCUGGAUUUUAGUCAGAUUGGGUUUAGAAUGGCUUUAAAUUUCAAAGACCAAGUUUUUGACAUUGUCAUUUAAUAUAAUUUAUACAGAGUUGAGGUAGAAAAAAGAAUAUUAGAAGGUGAUGAUCACUUUAAACUUUCAAUGGUUUUGAUGAUAUAAUCCUAGUUGAAUGCAUGUAUUCUGGAGACUUUAGGCACCUUGGUCCUUGGGGUCCCCAUAAACCAAAGAUGACUGUAGAUAGGCCACCAUGAUUGGCUUGCCCCAGUCAAGGAUAAUUAAAUUUUCACUGCCCCUUGUGAUGAUGAGCUAAGAGCUUAUCGAAGCAAAAGAACUAGUGACCAAAGGCAAAUUGGAUACCUCUUUUUCAUUAAAGAAAUGCAUUCUUCUGAGAGAUAGAGGAAGAGCUAGAGAGUCUAUAUAAGAACUGGGGACCAAAAGCUGUUCUGCACAGACACUUUGUAAGUUCUUUGUUUUUUCAAUUUUCAAAAGAAUCAGAAUGGUAGUAAAGGUGUAUGGCCCUUUCUAUGCUUCACCUAAGCGUGUGCUAGUGUGCCUUGUUGAGAAGGAGAUUGAAUUUGAGACCAGCCCCAUUGAUCUCUUCAAGGGAGAGCACAAAGACCCUGAAUUCCUCAAAUUGCAGCCCUUUGGACAAGUUCCUGUCAUCCAAGAUGGGGAUUACACUUUAUAUGAAUCACGCGCAAUCAUAAGGUACUAUGCAGAAAAAUACAAGUUCCAAGGGACUGAUUUGCUGGGAAAGACAAUUGAGGAAAGAGGUCUUGUGGAACAAUGGCUAGAGGUUGAAGCAAGCAACUAUCACCCACCACUAGACAACUUAGUUAUUCAGAUUUUGUUUGCCCCAGAAUUGGGUCUUCCUUCAGACCUGAAUUGA